GAGUUGCAGACACCGAUUUGCCGCGACUGCCCGGUGAUACAAACCGAGUGUACCUCGAGUUUGCCGCGAAACUUUUCAGUGCGGUGUUUACACUCUGCAGGCUAACCGGGCUUAAAAUCUGAGCCCAAUGAAUGAGCAAGAAGCUGAUGAGGACUUACUAAUGGAAAUGGAUGGUCAUGGCCCGAAGACCUCUCACUGUGACACAAGAUGGUCACAGCAACUGUCAGGCCUUCCUCACAAGCUCCUGCAGCGCCUCAUGUCAUUCCAAAGAGAGGGCGUGGAGUUUGCCUUGUCGAGGAAUGGACGAUGUAUGAUUGCUGAUGAGAUGGGUCUUGGGAAGACGGUGCAGGCCAUCGCGGUGGCAUGCGCCUUCCGGCAGGAGUGGCCUCUCCUCGUGGUGGUGCCCUCUUCCAUGAAAUACCCCUGGAUCGAGGAGCUGGAGCGGUGGAUCCCCGAGCUGCAGCCUGGAGACAUUAACCUGGUGGAGAACAAGAGCCACACCAUGGGUUUCAGCAGCAGCAAGGUGACAGUGUUGGGUUAUGGGCUGCUCACCACAGACUCGCGCCCCCUGGUGGAGGCUCUGACCAGGCAGCAGUUUGCCGUGGUCGUGGUGGACGAGUCGCAUUACCUCAAGUCUCGGAAUGCGGCGCGCACGAAGAUUCUGGUUCCGUUCAUCCAGAGAGCCAAGCGGGCCAUCCUGCUCACCGGGACCCCGGCCCUGGGUCGACCCGAGGAGCUGUUCAUGCAGAUCGAGGCCCUCUAUCCGAAGAGCUUUGGGACCUGGACCGACUUCGCCAAGAAAUUCUGCAACGCCCGUUACAGGUACUUUGGGUCUCGCAGACAGUGGGACUGUCGCGGUGCGUCCAACCUGGAGGAGCUGCACCAGCGGCUGAGUCAGAUCAUGAUCCGUCGUCUCAAGGCGGAGGUGCUCACUCAGCUGCCCCCCAAAAUCCGACAGCGUAUCCCCUUCGACCUGCCCAAGGAGGCUGCAAAGGAGGCCUCAGCCAGCUUCGCCAAGUGGGAGAGACUGAUGAAGGGACUGGGGUCGGGGGUCUCCGCCACGGACAACCCCUUCACCGAGGUCAUGGGGCUGGUCACACAGAUGUACAAACAAACAGCCAUAGCCAAGGCGGGAGCUGUGAAGGACUACAUCAAGAUGAUGCUGGAGGCCGAGCAGCUGAAGUUCCUGGUGUUCGCCCACCACCUCACCAUGCUGCAGGCCUGCACCGAGGCCGUCAUCGAGGCCAAGGCCGGUUACAUCCGUAUCGACGGCAGUGUCCCGUCCUCGGAACGAAUCCAGCUCGUGCACAAGUUUCAGAGCGACCCUCAGACCCGGGUGGCCGUCCUCAGCAUCCAGGCUGCCGGCCAGGGUUUGACUCUCACCGCAGCCAGCCACGUGGUGUUCGCCGAGCUCUACUGGAACCCCGGUCACAUCAAGCAGGCGGAAGACCGAGCCCACCGCAUCGGGCAGACGGCCUCGGUCAACGUGCACUACCUCAUCGCCAAGGGCACCUUCGACACGGUCAUGUGGUCCAUGCUCAACAGGAAGGAAACGGUGACGGGCAGCACGCUGAACGGGAGGAAGGAGUACCUGAAGGCCGACGAGGGGGACAAGGACAAGUGGGAGUUCCUCAACUUCGCCGACGCGUGGACGCCGAGCGAGAUGGUCCUGCCGCCGCUGGAGGGAAACUCCGGGGACGGGAAAGACGAUCUGUUCUUCUCUCAUUUUGAGAAAGACAAGCAGCAUGACAUACGUUCCUUCUUCUCCCCGGGCACGGAGAGGAAGAGGAAGAGAACAGGAGAUGAAGAAACAUCUCCAUCCAUCUCUUCAGAGACGACUAAGGCACCGGCCGGCAGCAGCAGGAGCUCGGAGAGGAGGAGAGGAAAGUCCCAAGCUGCCACCACACCAGACCAGGACUUCUCCCCACAGCAGAAGAGGCUGCGCACCCAGCAUCCCAGCCCGAGCCCCCGGUCUCGAUUUGAGGGGAAGAGGAGGUCGGCGGCUGGGGGGAUCGGCGCCGGAAGCCCCCUCUCCCCGAGUUCCUUCAUGACCCCGCGGAUGCUCUCGGCGCCCGGACCCUCGACCGGGCCGUGGGCCUGUGGGUCCUGCACCUACUCCAACAGCAGCCUGCUGCCCUACUGCGAGAUGUGCGAGUUCCCGCGCUCUUCUCCCGCCAAACCAGAGCCACCCAGGCCUCGGCGCCCCCCCCCGGCCGAGAGGGACCAGACGUGCGUCGUCCUCUCCAGCUCCGACAGCGAGCCGGAGUUCAGCCCGGGAAAAGCCCGGCGUCCGAAACCCUGCAAAGACAAACAGAGCGAGGAGGGGGAGGAGGAGGAGGAGAAAGGGAAGGAUGAACUGCUGAAAGACAAACAGAGGCUAGGAGAAGCAGAGGAGGAGGACAAGCGGCGGCUCAAAGGCAAACAAUCAGCGGGAGAGCGAGGCGACAACGUGGCUGGCGGCGGCAGCUGCCCCCCCCCUGACCACACACCGGAGCGGAGAGUCGCCGCGGGUUCGUCUUCUGCUGCUGAUGCUAAUGACGACGAUGAGGACAAUGAUGGCGAUGACGGCAGCACUACCCGUCCCGUCUACCCGGGCCUGCAGUUCUGCGCCAGCCAGUACACAGAUCGAAUUUAUCUGUACUCCAAGGACGGUACCGCGUUGAACUUGAGCUUCAUCCCUCUGGACAUCAAACUAACCAGCUGGGACGACCUGCCCGAGGCCUUCACACGGCGCCGGGAAAAUCGAAUACAGGUGCUGAGGUUGGUUCAGGAGUGGGGCAGCCUGGCAGCCAUGAAGAAGAAACUGCUUCGUCGCAGCGGCCUCCUCUUCCACAGCCCAACGCUCGGCCUGCAGCAGCUGGCCGCCGCCCAGCGCCCUCACUCCAGCACCAAGAGGUACCUCAGCAAAGAUGAAGUAGCCGAGGCCUCCCUGAGCAAAGUCCAGCAGGAGGGAGGCAGCGUCCGACUGGUCGUGAAGGAAAACUUCUUCACGAAGAGGAGCUCUGCCUCUUCACUCACGCCACCUGCCUCAGAGAGGAAGGACAAGGAGUCCGGUGAGGCUGCGGAGGAGCAGGCAUCAUUACAGUCUGCGUAUCUGCAGGCCGUGGACACUGAAGGCGUCCCCCUGUGUCUGUCCUGCCAGCAGGCCUGCUCUACCUCCGGUGGGGCCUGGGACACUCGAUUCUGUAGCCACAGAUGCCAGGAGGAGUUCCAGUUGCGCUCCAGCCAAACAUACAUGCGCUCGCGGGUGCUGGAGGCGGAGCAGGGCGUCUGUCAGCUGUGCGGCCUCCACGCCCACGACCUGUUCCUGAAGGUCCGGGACGCUCCGCCCCCCCAGCGCAAGGACAUGCUGGAGAACACUUGGCUCGCCCAGCUGUCACUCAAACAGCUGAAUGAGAUGAUCCGCGCUCCGGUCGAAGGGGAUUUCUGGCAGGUCGACCACAUCCGGCCGGUCUACAGCGGAGGAGGACAGUGCUCGCUGGACAACCUGCAGACGCUGUGCACCGUCUGCCACAGAUCUAGGACGGCUCAGCAAGCCAAAGAGCGCAGCAGGAUGAGGAAGAGCGCGGCAGCCUCCAAGGUUGCAUCAGACAUCAGUAGGUUCUUCGUCAGGAAAUGAAAUGACACGAGGGUUUAGAGAGGGUUGUGCGUGCGUUAAACUCCCGCCGACAUGAUUUCUGACGGUUUGGAUGAAGAUGCAUCGUGGUUCUUCAAAGACAAAACUCAGCAGAGGAUCAGAAAUGCCAGGAAGAGGGCAGAUGUUCUCUAAAUCCCCUUCUCUGCCUGCGCCUUCGCUUUCCGAUGAUAUCACAGCCGUCCCGUUGGACUCAGCAGCAAUGAAGAAUUCAAAAAAGAAAAACGGUGACAACAACUUCAUGCAAAUUCAGCCGACUCCAGCUCUUGUCCCCGAACCGUCAAGCGCGGUAGUUUUGAUUAAUGGCGGCCCCUUUUGCUGGAGGCUGAAAUGGAGCAGGUUGUUUAGAAAGCUGCAGCUAUUUUAAGAUUCAGCAAACUUGGUGAAAGGAAGCGGGUGAGAGAUGAAUUGGGGGGGUUGGUGAUUAAAGCUCUUUCGGCACAAAACACGGCCGAGCGUCCUCAUUGGCAACAAGUGGCGCCUUGCAAAUCUCUCUGGAAGACAAGGUGGACGCUACCCCGAGUGAAAUAAAAACCUAUUCUCAUCUU